CACCCUCGAUCGUAUAACUUCCUUCUUCCUCUCUCUCACUGUACAAAGCUACACGUUCUCUUCUCCAUUUCACUAACUCUCUCUCUUCUUCAAAUGCAUGCUAUCCCAAAGCCCGCAAGCCCUCUACCUUUUCAGUAUCGCUAACCAUGGGCAGAGCCUCCAGGUGGUUCCGGGCAGUUAUUGGCCUUAAAAGACCUGACCCGCCUCCAUCACAACAACACCAGCAGCCCACAUGUCGCUCCAAAGAGAAACGAAGAUGGAGCUUUGUCAAAUCGUACCGCGAGAAAGACCAUCCACAGCAGCAGCAAAUCAAAACCGGAGGUCUGAACGGUCAGGAGGAUGCCACGACGGUUCAUAGUUCGUCGGAGUACGAAGAGGAUCCAAAUAAGCACGCAAUCGCAGUAGCGGCUGCCACGGCUGCAGUGGCGGAGGCUGCGGUGGCAGCUGCUCAUGCAGCAGCGGAGGUUGUGAGGCUCACGAGUAGCGGAAGAUGCGGUAACAACCCAGCAGUAACGUACGUUAGUGGGAGCCACGGAUGGCGUGAGGAUUUCGCUGCCGUUAAAAUACAAGCGGCCUUUAGAGGCUACUUGGCGAGGAGGGCUUUGCGAGCUUUAAAAGCAUUAGUAAGGCUUCAGGCGUUGGUAAGAGGUCAUAUUCAGAGAAAACAAACUGCAGAGUGGCUUCAUCGAAUGCAAUCUUUAUUGAAAGCCCAGGCACGAGCGCGUGCAGGACGUGCACAGAUCUCUGAAUCUUCCCACUCAAGCAGCAAGUCUUCUCACUUUCACCACCCUAUACUUGGGGUCCAUAUGUUAGAUUUGCAUCAAUUAAUAAGUACCGGAGACCAUAUUAAACUUCAAGACAAUUUACAGGGCCGUCCAACCCCAGAAAAAGUUGAACAUGCAAUCCGAGCUAGAAGUGGAAAAUAUGAACAGUCGUCAAUGCUGAAGAGGACUGGAUCAAGAUCUACUUGCAGGGCAAUUAGCGAUGAAGAUAAAACACAUUUAUCCUUUAAUUGGUCAGAACGUUGCAUGGAUGACAGAUCAUGGGAGCAAAGAGUGCCUUGGACAAGAAGCAGCCCUAUGGAUGAUGAGAAGAGUGAUAAAAUUCUCGAAAUAGAUACUGGGAAACCGCACUUCACUCCUAAGCGUAGAAACCUUUUUCACUCCUCUCAUCAUGCUUUGGGUUCAGAUCAAUAUAGUCAUAGUUUCACAACUUCAAAAGACUCGACAACCCAUCAAACAGUUCCAAGUCCAUCAUCUGGUGAAGUUCAGUCUUUAACUCCACUGAAAUUUCCUCGGCAGGAUGAGGAGGCCUUUUGCACUGCUGAAAAUAGCCCUCAAUUCUACUCUGCAUCAUCAAAGGGUGGCGGCGGUAGGCGAAGUCCCUUCACUCCUAGUAAGAGUGAUGGUUCAGCAAGCUUUCAAAGCGGCUACUCGGAAUAUUACCCGAAUUACAUGUCUUAUACUGAAUCUUCAAAGGCAAAAGUGAGAUCUCUUAGUGCUCCGAGGCAAAGGCCGCAGUAUGAGAGAUCAAGUUCAGUAAAGAGGUACUCCCUUCAUGGUUUUGGCGAAACUAGAUCAAGCAGUGCCCAAAGAGCAUCAGCUUUGCGUGCAAGCUUUACCAGCAAAGCAUAUCCAGGAUCUGGUCGCUUGGACAGGCUUGGAAUGCCUGUUGGACAGAGAUUCUAAUACAUAAUUUCAAGGAUUCUAGUUUUGGAGUAGCUCAUUCUAAUCUGGCUAACUAAUGUGACUUUAGUUAAUACUUGAUUUGUAGUUUGUGUAAGAUAUGUUUAAGCUUUUAAUGUCAGAUGGUUAAUGUAAAACCUGACAACACUAAGAAUCCAAUGAAUAUCUUAUAUUUAAGUGCAA